AUAGGUCACGUGAUUUGUCGCUUCAGCAGAUACGUUGAACCCGGGCAUGCGGACCUUUCGAAGUCGAGUCAUACCUACUUGCGAUCACUUACUUCUGGCCUUUAUUGCUGUGAAUGACCCUCCAUAUGGAGAGGAUGUGCAGCUCGUGACUAUAAUAUAAGCGCCUUGAUGUGCACUCACGAGCACGACCUGAAUCAGACCCUCGGUUCCCGCACAACCUGCACCUACGAUGACUCCCGAACAACUCUUGCCAUCACUCGAACCGCCUUACUACGCCGUCAUCUUCGUCUCCCGUCGAACGCAAGACGACCCAGAAGGCUACUCUGAAGCCAGUCAACGCAUCUCAGACCUAGCCGCGCAACAACCAGGCUACCUAGGCGUGCACAGUUCUUCCUCGGUCGACCCUACGACGGGGAACGUUUCCGGUAUCACAGUGUCUUAUUGGAAGACCGAGAGGGAUAUCAAGAAUUGGAAAGCUGUAUCCGAGCAUCGAGCGGCACAGCAGAAGGGGAAGGAGAAGUGGUAUGAUCGGUAUUCGACACAGGUUUGCAAGGUCGAGCGGCAUUACGAGGGGGAGAAAGGGAGGUGAAGAAAGCUGCAGCGAAGAUCGGAACCCAGGACGGGGAUAUGCGUUGGGGAGCCAGUCCGUCUUCGAGCAGAGGUAUAAUUCUUUGACAUAGGACGCAUUGUGAAUAUCAUAGUCACGGACUACUUGGCAUGACUGUGCGCUGUGCGAGCAUGUGAAUUCCCAACGUAUCUGUCGCUCAAGAAGAACAACGUUGUCCGGGAGGUAUAUCCAUCACGUGAUCGUCGAGAUAUCGGCUACAUCCGUGUGGGUGUGCACUUUUGAUUCCGCAGGUGACGUAGAGAUGCCCCCGAUGUUGAUUGACCAUCUUUCCGUGUUGGCC